CGCAGCAUCCCUUCGCUCCUUCAAGAUCGCAUCUAAAGUAAUGAUUAUUUCGGUCCACGGCCGCUUAGUUCCGCAAAUUCCCGUCGCAGCGCUGCAUUCACGGGAGUGGAAAUAUCGGCUUAUAUUUUACAGGCCAGUUAAAACGUAAUUUUAGACCUGAAAAAUUGAAAUAAAUCUCACAAUAUCAGUAAAAGUGUUUCCAUCGUCCGCGUAAUUGUUAAAAGACGUUGAAGUGGCCGUGCGGGUUGAGUGUCGCGAUUUCGACGUCCCUACGUCGUCGUCCAUUUAUGAGAUUUCCUGGGACAUGGAGGCCAGAAGGAUUGUGCUAAUUUUAUUGGAAUAGUCCGCGUUGUUUUGUGUAAAAUGUGCACGUUUAUGUUGUUAAUGUUUCGAUACAACGUUCCGCACUGGCGGGAUUCCAACAAAACGUUAUUUAUCGUGAGUAGCGACAGUCUUCGCUAACUAAUGUGGACACUCCGAACCCGAUGAUCCGUUUCGACGAUAUAUUUGAUGCGGAAAAUGUUAAUCGUUGCACGUGCAAAGCCUGCCGCGCCGAGUGGAGCCCACGCGAUACCCCUAUAAAGACGACACUAAUGGAGUUCGUAAGGUUCCUCCUCCUCAUCGCCGUGGUAGCGACCGUGGGUGCGGAGCAGUAUGAUCUCGAAGCGAAAGACAAAGCGAAGACGGCCCUGGCGGCGAAAAAGGAGCAAAAGUCGAGGUCGGCGGCGCCGGAGCCCGUGCGCGGCUCCUUCCAGAAGCUGUCGAACCUCAUGAACCGGAGCGAGGAGAUGAAGAGCCGCCGACGCGGGAAGCAGCACAUCACCAAGCUGCUGCAGCUGGGCCCGAGGAGCGCGCACGAGAACAUGAUGAACGACAACGAGGGCGCAGUAUCGACCAAUCAGAAAUCAAUCGGCGAUAACGACACCAACUCCUUGACGAAAAAGAUGAAGGAGUUGCGUAGGGGCGAUCCCGCGUAUGAGGCGCUGUCGAAGAACACAUACGUGCCGCAAGUGACUGGUGUGUUUUGUAACUUUGAACUGAUGAAUGGAUCUAUGGAUAUGUGCAUGUGGCAGUGGAAUUCGACAGUCUCAAGCCAUGGGCUGGGCUUCAGGGUUGUGACGGCAGCUGAUGUGGAAGAAAUGAACAGGACCACGCAAGGGUUGAAGUUCUCCGCGCCCACAGUUGACGCGGAUUAUAAUAAAGAUGGACACUUUCUCUAUCUUCCCGUGGACCCAACUAUGGAGAAUAUGGUGAUCAAGUCGCCGCCAUUCCGCGGGCUUCGUGAAUUUUGCAAGUUCGAAGUAAAAUUGCAUCAGAGCAAGAUGCAAAACGCAAGCAUCAGACUCGUAUCCGAAUCCACAUUUUCUGAAGUGCAGUGGAUUUUACAGGAAUAUGCUGGGAACAAUGAAAAAUUGUGGUUACCAAUGAGGUUCAUGAUAGGCAAGGUACAACAAGAGGUCAGGAUUAUAAUAGAGAUAACCCGACCAAAUUAUGUGAGCGUGUCCCAAGUAUUGCCGCAUAUAGCGAUAGAUAACAUUCGCAUGGUGGAGUGUUUGCCAGAACCGCCUGUUUAUAACGGGGAGUGUCAAUUUAGACAAGUGAAAUGCAGAGUUAUGAAGAGAGAGUCAUGUAUCAAGAUGCAACAAAUUUGCGAUUUGGUAAAGGACUGCGAUAAUGGCUCUGAUGAACAUCAGAGUUGUGAUAAAAUGCCCUAUGGGUCAUAUUGUAACUUUGAACAAGAUGCUUGUGGUUUCGAAAAUGUACCUCAACCAAUACUAAAAUGGUCCAGACACAGUGGUCCAACACCAACCGACAAAACAGGUCCAAACUACGACCACACGUGCGGUCCUCCGAACCUUCUAUACACGACCGCGAGUCCCAUUAUCCCACUAUCCCCAGCACAUAGAAAUUAUUCUCUCUCCGUCUGUACGGGAUAUUAUUUCUUCGUCAAUAUGAAUGUAACUGGGCCGAAUAAAAAGAAACCAGAUUUCGCGUCCACUGCAGUUAUGAAAACUGUCAUUUUUAAUCCGCCACCUAAAGUGCAUGGGAACAUCACGUCGAGAUAUUAUAAUUGCUGUACGAUACGUUUCUAUUAUCAACAAAAUGGUCGAAACUACGGUUCUCUAAGCGUUGACGUUGUAGAACUUACCUCUAGAGGAAAUAUAACUACUUCUCUUUGGUUCUCUACUAAGGACAAAGGGGAGAAUUGGUUGAGAGCCGCCAUUUUCUUACCUAAUAUUACUAGCAGAUAUUACCUUCUAUUCAAAACAAGAAUGGGAAUGAGGAUAUAUUCGGAUUCAGCUAUAGACGACUUUUCAAUGUCUCCCGAAUGUUUUGGAUUAAAUAUAAACGCUUCAGAAUUGGGAGAUUAUAAUUAUUAUGACCCUGUUUUUGAGGAAAAAACCACACCACAUGAAGAUUUUGCUGAAUCUACAAUGUACCGUUUCACAACAUGCGGUGCGACGGGCAGAUAUGGACCAAACCAAACAAUGUGUGAUAUAGCAUAUAACAACACUUCUGUAAGUGUUAACGUGGUACAUAAUACGCCGUACGCUGGGAUACAAGUGUGGGAGGUGCCUAAUGAGGGAUUGUAUACGAUAAUAGCCACUGGGGCAUCAGGUGGUUUAGGCUCAAUGUGGGCAGGCGUAUCUCACGGGGCACAGGCAAGGGGUCUAUUUGAGUUGCAUCGCGCUGAGAAAAUAUACAUGCUCGUUGGGCAACAGGGGCAGAAUGCUUGUAAAAAGACAUUAUCAGCCCAAGAAAGCCACGAAUGCUCUCGUCGAGAUUCCAACGAUACAUACCAAAUAUUUACAAGCAAAACACACGAAGUCAGAAACACGCACGUGGUCGAUGGUGGGGGAGGGGGAGGGGGUGCUACUUAUGUGUUUUUGCUGGGCAAAAACGGUCGUCCCAUACCCCUCCUCGUAGGUGGUGGGGGCGGAGGGAUAUCCGUGGGGGUUUUCCGGGAUGAUAACUCCCAACAUGCCCGGGGAAGGACUAACGCUACCCCGGAAUCGGGGUAUAUGUAUGGACAACCAGGACGGACUUCGGGUGCUGGCGGGGGUUGGACAGGUCGGAGGGGUCCUUUAACCCCAGGGUUCGAAAUCGUCCGUGGGGGGGCGCUACAGGAGGGGGGUGCGGGGGGUCGUGCGUGUACUGGGGGUGCGGACGGGGGGUUCGGUGGUGGGGGUGGAGGGUGUUUGAGAGGUGGAGGGGGUGGAGGGUGGUUGGGUGGUAGCACCCACGAAGGUGUAGGCCAGCACGGUGAAGGCGGCUGGUCCUAUAUUGAUAAUAUAAGAGCUAUCAAAGAUUAUAGCUCUGCUGGUGUAGCCUUACGUACAGGCCCAGGGGAAGUGCUUAUAAUACCGGCUAUACAUGCCUGUGGUUGUAACUACCGCUGUGUAGCCAUGAACGAAUAUAGAAGCGAAGUGAAAUGCUACUGCCCCGCGUCCUGGGCUACAGAUGCUAAUGAUGCUACUAAAUGUAUUUUGGAAGAAACCUGGUCCCAAGGCUGGUGGAUUUUGAUCAUAGUACUCUGCGUCAUUGGAUUUGUUUGUAUGGUCACUGUGCCAUGCAUUUGCUUACAUUUGUAUAACAAAUACCAACGCAAGAAAGAAGCAGAGUUACACCAAAAGCGUCUCCGUGAACAAGCUGUACAAUUACACAAUUUGCCCACUGCCCCCGAUGGGGCACUUAGCAUGGCUUUCAACCCCCACUACGGGAGUGAAACAUUCUGCCCCUUGGGGGUAGAUGUAAAGGGAUUGCCCCAAGUGGCUAGAGAGAAACUUAAGCUGAUCAAGGCCCUUGGUCAGGGUGCCUUCGGUGAGGUCUAUCAAGGCCUCUACAAACACCAGCCCGGUGACACAGUAGAAAUGCCGGUAGCUGUUAAAACUCUGCCAGAACUAUCUACUGGUCAGGCAGAGUCAGACUUUUUGAUGGAAGCCGCUAUUAUGGCGAAGUUUAAUCAUCCCAAUAUUGUGCAUAUUAUUGGAGUGUGCUUUGAUCGACAUCCGAGGUUCAUAGUACUAGAACUCCUCGGUGGGGGGGAUCUAAAACAGUUCCUCCGGGACAAUCGUCCCAAACCCGAUAGAGCAAGUGCCCUUACUAUGAAGGACCUUAUUCUAUGCUCGUUGGAUAUAUGCAAGGGCUGCAAAUAUCUGGAGUCGCAGCGGUUCAUACACAGGGACAUAGCAGCCCGAAAUUGCCUACUAACAUCCCGCGGGCCCGGCCGUGUGUGCAAAAUCGCGGAUUUCGGUAUGGCGCGAGAUAUUUACCGCGCUGACUACUACCGGAAGGGCGGGAAAGCCAUGUUGCCGAUAAAAUGGAUGCCGCCGGAAGCUUAUAUGGAUGGUGUCUUUACUGUCAAAACUGAUGUGUGGUCGUUCGGAGUACUCCUCUGGGAGGUAUUCUCUCUGGGGGUGAUGCCGUACACGGGCUGCUCCAACCGGGAGGUGAUGCAACUUGUCUCUGGUGGGGGACGGCUGGAUAAACCUUAUGGAUGUCCAGCAGAUGUAUAUCGUCUAAUGUGCGAAUGUUGGAAUCCAAAUCCCGAAGAGAGACCUUCAUUUGCGCAGAUGUUUGACAGGCUGCAGAGAUUCUUGCAGGACCCGGAAAUAACAAGCGCCCCCCUCCCAAUGAUGAGGUCACUGAUACCUCUAACUAACGACUACUUCGAACAUCUCAACGGAAUGCCGCGGUCGUCAGCGUGUGACUACCUCGUGCCGAUGGUGCCGCAGGAGAAGCAGACGGACGAUAGCCCAACGGAACCGUUGGUACCUCAUAGCAAAGGGCCAACGGCGACAUCGGACAGCCAAGAAAUGGAGGAUUCACCAUAUCCACCUCUACUGAAAGCAUCACCAGGCUAUGGCAACAUUCGGGCGCUAGCCGCGGGCGCGAGCGCACGUCGCGAGGGCUGCGCUGUUUCUGCCGGAGAGACGAGGACAAAGUUUCUGCCGUCUAACUCCACCGAUAGGUUGCUAAGUUCAGUAGAAGUGGCAUCAUUGGACGAAGACUCACCGACAGACAGCGACAAGCCGACCAUCUGGGAGACAUCAUUUAUCGAGAAGAAAAGUGCUUCAGAGAAGGCACCGAGCAUCGAACCUGGACCCACUGUCGAAAAGCUUAUAAGCAUCACUCCCACCUCACCGAAACCACCAGAAAAUGUGCUCUCACUAGCCAUAGAAUCGAAACCAGACAAUAAAAUAUCACCCGAUAAAACCAAACCAGUCCCAGAUAAUAAAAUACCAGAUAAAAAGCCAAAUACCCUCACAAUUGAGAAGAAAACCGCUCCCAUCGCUUCACCAGACCCCCCGCGCAUCAACGCAUGGGCCAAAGAACCACCCAAAUUGGUCCCAAAACCAAAACCUCUAUGUCUUGACGCAGCACAACUAGAACAAAACCUAAAUGCACUUAAAAAGAACAGCGGAUCUGUGAACCUAACAACCAUGAAUAUCCUACCCCCAUACAUAAAUGUUGUCACUCCAAACAAACUAUCAGAGUCGAAAACAAUUCAAAUUGACCCGAAAAAGGCAGUCAUUCACGACCUACCUUCAGAGGAAAAUGAAGAUAAAAAGAUAAAAUUGUCAAGUUCAGCUGCCAGUUUACUAAAUGGACCUCUAACGGAUGUGCCAUACGCUGACAGCAGUGAUAACACCUCAUCCGGUUCCGGGAGCAUACAAGGAAAUUCACGAAACAAAAGCUAUCCCGACAUUAACAUCGUGAAUAGCAAGAAUAAAGUUAAGAAACAGGGUAGUGAAGGCGAUAAGGUCGAUGUCGAAAUCAGUUGUUAAAAACCUUUGCCGUUAAUUAAAAAAAAGAAACGUCAAACUGUCAAAUGUCAAAAGCCGAACUCCUAAAAAAAGUAAACGUCAAACGUCCCAAGAUGGCCGCUUGACAGCUGUCAGUGUCAUGUUUUGGCGCCGUGUUGCCGUUGCAAAGACAAUUCGUUGUAAAUAUCGAUUGAUCAUUUUUGAUUUCGAUACAUAAUACAUAUAUUUUUGUUAGACGAUUGUACAAAUUGUUUAUCGUUAAGUUAAACGACGGCUUCCUGUUGCUUAUAGAGAUAAAUAGUUUUAUGUGGACGCUCAAUUUGCUCAAUGUUUUGCAUAAAGAUUAGAACAAUAAAAAUUUUCUACGUGUACGUUGUUUUCUACUUUUUUGUAUUACCAUUGAUUCGCUUGUAGCAUUUGUAUUAUUUAGCGAUGUAGAGAUAUAAAUGAAUGUUUUAUAUCAAUACGAAUACGCACAUCGCAUCAAGUAUUUAAUGUUAGUGCCUGACGAAAUCUCCAUUGUUUAUGACACGGAUUAUUGGUUUGAGAACUCUUCGAAGAAAACACUGAAAUGCGUUUAGAAAUUAAUGUUUUAUAUUUUAUUUUUAUCAAACGUCGAAGGUUCUCAAAUCGACGCACAUCUCCACAAUUAAAUAGGUAUUUAAGUAGUGCUUAAAAUAUUUGUACAUAAAAUAAAAAGUAGUGAAUUGUGUAAAUCCGCCCUAAAAAUGUGAAAAAAUAGACACAAGAUUGUCAUAGUAGUUGUAACGUAGAUAUUAAUUGCAUGUGUAAUAUUAUGUGUUACGCGGGUACGAAGUUGAAACAUUGUUGUCUCUUUCUAUCACAUUACAUUGGUAUACGCAUAGAGAGAGACGGCAAUAUUGUGUUUUUUUUUUAUUUUAACUACGCCAACGCCCGCCCGACCUGCAAUUUAAAGUCAAAAAUUCGAAUAUACAUAAUAUUUAUUGAUAUAUGUAUCAAGAUAUGUGUUAAAUCACAAUGGAUGCUUUAAUUAAAUUUUAAGAUAGAUUAAGAAGAGUUGAAGAGUAUUAUUUAAAAAUAUAUUUUCUGUUUGUAACAGUAGUGCCAAAUUUCAAGCCUCCAAGCAUUUAUUUAUUUCGAGGCAUGAAACGACAGGGUAUAGCGUUAUUUUGGGGUGUUUCCAAACAAAAUCUAUUCGUAUUAAUUAUAAAUUAAUUUUGAAAUGUUUACUGUUAGAUGAAUGUCAUAAUUGUUAUUUGGUUCCUAAUUUACAACGGUUCCUAUCUCCCAAAUUUAUUUUUAACGUUAUUUAUUUUGCGAUUGUUUUAAGGAAUAUUAUUGUGUUAUGAACAUAAAAUGCGGAAUAUUGUGUAGGAACUAAAAAGUAUGGUGUCUACAUCAUAUACAAAAUCUUUUUCUAUAAUAAAUUAUUUAUUUGACAAUCUACUUUGAACCGUUAAUGUAAAGUUUAUUCAUAAGUUUAAUUAAAUGUUUAAGAAUAUUUUUUAUCUACACUAUCAAAAACAAUUUAUUGAACAGAUAAUAAUUUUAUUAUCUAUAAUUUUUUAAUUUUACAUUACCGUUUUAAAAUUAUUUGAUGCAAUUUCACGAAUAACGUUUUAUCGUCACUUUCAUAUUGCUCAAUAUAAUUAUUUUAAUGAAUAUCCUUUAGAAUGUAAUAUUUAUUUUGUUAUAUUGCUUACGAAGGUUGUGAUUAAGACGUAGUACCGGUUGAAAGAAUUACAGUUCCUUUUUUAGGUGACUUUAAAAUGUUAUUCUUUUUUUUAUCUGUCAAAGUCAAAUUUGGCGCGUCGGGAAAACAUUCCUUGCAGUGUUUUUAAAAGCAUCGAUAAUCAAUAAUCGUAAUCGAUACCACCAAUUUUUAAACUAUUAAAAUAUGUAUUGUCAUUUUAUUUCUACUAAUAACCGAGGAAAAAUGCAGUAAUUUAAAACGCCACAAUAACAUUGCUUUUAGGAGUAUUAUCAAAUAGAAAAUUGUACAGGUUUAAUUUUCGAUGUAGCUUUUUCACAAUGUUUUUAAAAAGUAAGUUACUUUGAUAAUUUAUUGUCUCUGUGUAUAUAAAAUAUAUGAGAGACAGCUGUGUAAGCUGAGAAGUGAUUUACCUAAUUUAAGUAUCAAUUACCACACUUUGUGGGAUUUUAAAGAUGAAUUAUAAAUAAUUUUAUAUAGUGCAUUGAGGUAAUGGCGAACUAUGACGUUAUUUUAUGAUUUUUAUUCAAAACGAUGCCAGUAUAGUAUUAUGGCAAAAUGUAAAUACCAUUUUCACAACGUUAACAAAAUUUACCUAAUAGAUUUGCAUGCAAAAAAUUUCAUAUUACGCAAUUACAACGACGCACUAAAAUAUAUUAUUAUAAAAUGAGUUUAUUGUUGUCAAUAUUUAUUUUAUAAAAUUAUUAGAUAAAUGAAGUAGAGUAUUUAGUGAAUGUAUCGAGUUAUAUGUUAAUUUGUACCUAAGAAUAUUAAGUUUAGGAAUAAAAUAGAGGUUGUUAAUGAACAGCUUCUAUAAUUACUUUAAAAACGUUAUAGAAAACUUAUCCUUUUCUUAAACAGAGACAAUUUAUAAUUGUUACUCUAUGCUCCCUUGCUAUGAGAGAUGAAAAAUAUUUAUUUAGGUAAUAAAUACUUUAAAAGAGUCCACGGUACAUAAUCCUUUUAUGUAAUUGUUAAUUAUGUAUUGUACUGGAUUUAAAUAAGGACAACGAAAUUACUUUACAUUGCAAAUUAUUUUAUUUUCAAAAUAUGGAAAUGUAAACAUGUUAGAUAUAAAUAAAUUAAUAUUAUUAUAUAAAUGGAUAAAUUGUAAAGUUCAUAAAGUAUUAUGAGCGAAGUGUAUUGGUUAUCGCAAAUAAAUGAUAAAUUAAUGUA